GACAGCAAGUUUGCCGUUACCUCGCCGGCACCGCGGCCCCAGAUGGCAACAACCAUUGGACGUUCGCAAGCUGAAGCUUCAGAGCCGAUCAGUGAGGCGGAGCGUGAAGAACGCCGGAGAAUGGCGGCCUUGAAGGCAGAACAGCGCCUAGAUGAGAAGAUGGCUCGGGGCGUCGGUGACGUCGAGAAGGUUAAACAGCUCCAGGAGAAGAACCAAAGGGCGGAAAUCCUGGGCAGGCUUGAAGAGCUUUACGCCAGACUCGGCGAGGAGCUCCCCAUGGGUGUGAGGCUGGCAGACCUGAAGAAGCUAAAGGAGCUGCAGGCAGAUGCGCAGAAGCGCGUUGACAUCAAGACCGGGGGCCCUGCAGUGAGAGCAGCUGUGUAG